GCUACAUCUUCCCCGAAACACCCUCCAAUUUCAAGCAUUCGUAAAAAGCGAGAGUGCACUGUAUUCCGUAUAUCGCCGAUUCAUUCCGUCUGUUGGGGGAGUGUCAUGUUCCUGGCACUGCUUCAUUUCGUCUUGUAGAUGAUUCCGCACCGGAUCAUCACGAAUCCUAACAAUAACAUUGAGCCUGAUGCCCGGGAUAGACUCUCAGCGAUACUUUUGCAAACAUGAUGACUGUGGAAAGUCUUUCGCACGCAAAGAGCAUCUGUCCCGUCACGAGAAAAGCCACAUCCCUGCUAAUUCGCUUCAAUGUCAAGUUUGUAAACGACGUUUCAAUCGAAAUUUUCCACACGAUAUUAGAAAAUGUGACACGCAGAGCACUACAUGAGAAGGAGUAUCUACUAUAUCAAGACGCGGAUUAA